UCUAUUUUUUACGAUAAUUCCCCGCAAACAUCUAUGCAACGCACGACCAUAGUUCGAUCCCCCCAUUAAAAAAGGCGGCAAGGAUUUUGACGUCAACGCGCAGCAAGGUUUCGCCUCCCACUAGGAACGGUAGGCUUCGUGGUUGGAAAUCCUCGGCGCAGAUGCGACUUCGGAAAGGGACGUUCCGACGCCCGUAACGCUCACCACGACAUCGAAACCGGGGAACGCGGUUGAUCAGCAGUUUCUGAGAUGUCGACACGAACGCAUACUUCUUGCCGUUAAUUCUGCUCCGUCUACGUGUGCUCCUCGCGCGUGUCCCUCGUGCGUGUGCGCGUGUAAGUAGAUAAGCAUGUGCGGAUUCAUGUGUCGCGUAUAGUCAGCCACAGGACGUCGCGCAUCCUCGAUAUUUCCACCUGACGGGCACCCGCCAGGUAUAUUCGUGCGUAUAAAGAAAAAAAAAGAGGAAGAAGAAGAAGAAGAAGAAGAAGAAAAGAAAAGGAAGGAAACGGUUUGACGCUUUGAUCGGGAUAUGUGCCGAUGCGUCUCAUAAUGGGACUGCUCGCCAUGCGACGUCGGUCCACCUGCUAUCCUUUGUCAUGCUAAUUGUGCAACCUGACUUCCCUUCCACGAGAAGCGAACGAGGAAACACCGUACGUCUCGACCGACGAAUCGAUAAAGCGGGGUGUGGCUUUGCAACGGUGGAGAAUUUCCAAAGUCUGACCACGCGGGGAUCUUGUUCCCGAUUCAAUCCAAGAACGGACGGAAUACGAGAUUGAUCAGGAUGAUAGCCUGCUGGGUAUUGACCGGUGUAUUCGGAGCUAUCGUGUUGCUCUACGGAGUGAUAGAGGUCCAUUAUUUCCUUCGCAUGUUCUUCAUCGUGUUCUUCGCGCGUUUCUGCAAGAAAAGAGUUCGCAUCCUCGACGAGACCACUGUAUACGGUAUCUGCACCACGACGGACGUGGAUCCAUUGCUCUCCCACAUGAACAACGCGAGAUAUCUUCGCGAGCUCGAUUUCGCCAGGGCGGAUUUUUACGAAAGGACGAACCUAUAUCGCGAGAUAUGCUCGCAAGGGUCGGGCGUCGUGCAAGGAGCGGCGACGAUACGUUAUCGUCGUUUCCUGAAACCUUUCACCAUCUUCAAAAUAACUUCUAAGAUUAUAUAUUGGGAUGAAAAAUCCAUAUUCAUGGAGCAUCGAUUCAUUACGACCAGCGAUGAAUUCGUCAGGGCUAUCGCUAUAUGCAGGCAGAAACUUUUGGACUGUAACGCCGAGACUAUCAUCAGUACUCUAAUGGAACGGGGCGUGAAGCAAAACGUAGAGGCGGGUGCACCACAGAUACACAACGUGAGACCGCAAAUGCCACCGGAAGUCGCCAGGUGGUUGGAGAGUAACGAAAUCUCUUCGGCGCUUCUUCGCCAGAGUGCCGCGGUGACCACGCAUUGCUGACAAAAGGAGGACGCGGCGUCCACCACAAAUGGCGCCGUCUCCACUUCCGUGUACGCGACUACGGCCGUCUAAGGUCGAAGAUUCGAUCGAUGCUGGCUUUCGUUGAUCGUGAAGGCGUUAAUGAAAUCUUCCACGUAGCCGUUUCCUCGCUCGAACGGCAUACGAGAUAGCUUCGAAUCAAUUUUUUAGGUGAACAAAUUACGGGUGAUCGUUAAGUUUGAAGCUUUUAUCGAUUGCGAGUCCGAUGGUUCAGACAUCAGAUGGUCAAGAGGGGCGAUCGGGCAGCUUGAUAUUGCCAUUUGUCCGCCUGAAAAUUUGGUUUAACGUUAUUUGGUUUAGCGUGGUUCCGAUGUGUAUAAAUAUGUAUACAUACGUACAUAUAUAUAUACAUGUAUACGUAGCCGAUGUCAAAAAAAAGGAAGGAAAUUGUUUUGGAAGAACGAUAAAGAAGGAAAAAUUUAAGAGUACAAAGGCUAGACAGAGAUGUGAAAUUAUUUUAAUAGGCAAUAGUAUAUGCGCGACUAUCGGACUAUAAGGUGUGAUCAUUCCUCGCACGAGAGGGAAGAAUUUAUUUACAGAAUUUAUUUGAUAGAUUCCGUGAUUUUCAAGAUGCUUUACGAGAAAUCUGUCCAGCAACCGUGGAACGGACUGCUAGAUGGGCGUCGAGCAAGGUUACAGAUACGAAACCAAUGUGUAAUCCAAAGGAGCUUCCAAAAUUAAAAAAGAGCACCAUUUGUUAAAUAUUCUUCGUUGAAAGUAAUCGCAAGACGCGAGGCGUUAUUUACAUUUUUUAUUAUAUAUAUAUAUUAUAUAGUAUAUAUAUUGUACAUAUAGCGAUUGGCGCCGGUAAUGAUUUCCGCGAGAGACAGGGAGAGGGGAAAGGGAGAGAUAGAGAGAGAAUAAAUUAAUAGAAUUCUCCUGAGGAGCUGUUUCGUCGAUGAUAAAUAAAUAAUAACAAUUUAUAUAUUUACGAGCGCGUUAAGAGACAAGAGUACUUCUAUAACGUGUUACAGGUGCCUUUACAAUACGUGAUGGAUAUUCGCUUUUUUACGAUUAUUGAAUAAUUAGACCGUGGCAUCGAUUUGCCACGCGUCGUUGUAAUUUUAAAUUCCAUUUGUUAUCAUUACUGCAUUUAUUAUUAUUAUUAUUUUCUAUGAUAGGACGUCCGGCAAUCGGGAGUUAAAAAAAAGAAAUUGUAUGCGACUCUCGCGUGAUUAAUUUUUUUUUUUUUAAAUCGUGUACAAUCCUUGUUACCGACGCCAUUUGCGACGAACAAAUUCAUUAAGAUGUAUUUCAACUUAAAUUUCGAAGUAAAUCGGUAUUCGUAGUUUCGUCAUUGAAAAGUAGCCGACGACGUAGCGAGUCUCGAAACACAGCUAAAUAGAAUUGUCCACGUGAAUAUACGUGGACACGUUAUUAUACUUCUAGAUGAUAAUAGUGCCAUUUUUUUUGUCAGAUAAUAUUGUGUUGAUCAUGUCGUUAAAGAUACCAUUAUCCAGGAGUAAGAAUAAAUAUUCCUUAGAUGGCUAAUGUUUUCUCGUUGAAAAAA